AUGGCGAGAACGUUGACGGGCCUGCUCGACGAGAAGGUGUAUGAGCUCAUCCACCGCCUUCUCAACGAGUUGUCGCUGCCAGAGGCGCCGGCGCUGGCGUUCACCAUCCUGGUGGCGCAGGUGAUCGAGUACUGCCAGGGGCGAGACUUCAAGCUUAAGCGGAUGAAAGUGAAGCAAUUGGAGAAGUCUGUCGAUCCGGUGCUCCGAGUGAUUCGUCAAGAAGAGAGGGAGGAAGCCGGUAGCGAUGGCGCUGACGGCGCCGAUGAGUCAGGUGAUGCCAGCGCUAAUGGCGCCGAUGACGACACUUCUAAUUUGGUCGAGGACGUCGAUACCCACAACUUUGCCAACAAAGAUAUCAUUGAGCAGAUGAAAAAGCACACGGCGCCGGCUCUGGCGCCCGAGGCGCUGGAUGAUAAGCCCCGCAAACGUCGGAAGAAGCAGUUGGAGCUGACGCCGCCGCAGACCAACUUGGCGGCGCUUGGAGGCAUGGACGACGUCACUAACCAGCUUAUGGAGACGGUGGGGCUCCCUAUCCUUCACCCGGAGAUCUACCAACGCACUGGCGUCCAGCCGCCACGAGGAGUAUUGCUCUACGGUCCCCCAGGGUGUGGUAAGACGCUGGUGGCCCACGCGCUUGCCGGCGAGCUCCAGGUGCCGUUCUUCAACGUACUGGCACCGCUGAUCGUGCUGGGGAUGCUGGGGGAGCUGGAGAAGAAGCUUAGAGAGUUAUUUGACGAGGCGAAGGCCGUGGCACCGGCGCUCAUCUUCAUGGACGAGAUCGAUUCGAUCACGCCGAAGCGCGAUGGCGGCGCCCAGCGGGAAAUGGAGCGCCGGAUUGUCGCCCAGCUUUUGACGCUUAUGGACGAGCUCACCAUGGAGAACUUAGACGGCAAACCCGUGGUGGUGAUUGGCGCCACUAACCGCCCGGACUCGCUUGAUCUGGCGCUUCGGCGCGCGGGGCGCUUCGACCGCGAAGUGUGCUUAAAUGUCCCUAACGAAAACCAGCGCGAAGCCAUUCUCAGAGCGAUGACGUCAUCGCUUAACAUCGCCGACCGCGACCAGUUUAAUUACCGCCAUCUCGCUAAGCUCACCCCAGGUUACGUCGGAGCAGACUUACAAGCUUUAGUCCGGGAAGCCGGGAUCUGGGCCGUCAAGAGAAUUGUGGAGACGAUUGCCUCUUCCGAAGAAGAAGGCGCUAUGGACAUUGACCAACCGCAAAGAUCAAUUAUUCAACGGUUUUUAUCGCUGCACCCGGAUCCACUUUCCGAUGACGAAUUGUCGCUUUUAGAUAUCACUUAUGCUGACUUUGAAAAGGCCUUGCCUCACGUCCAACCGACAGCUAAGCGUGAAGGUUUUGCUACCGUGCCCGGAGUCACGUGGGCUCAAGUUGGCGCCUUACAACCAGUAAGAGAAGAACUCCAUAUGCUGAUUGUGCAACCGAUUUUAAAACCAGAGAUCUACCGUAAAGUGGGGAUCCUGGCUCCCGGUGGUGUAUUGAUGUGGGGUCCUCCCGGGUGUGGUAAGACUCUUUUAGCUAAAGCCGUCGCCAAUGAACUGCGAGCCAAUUUUAUCAGUAUCAAAGGCCCUGAGCUUUUAAACAAGUAUGUGGGUGAAUCGGAAAGAGCAGUGCGUCAAGUGUUUGCUCGGGCGAGAGCUUCGGUGCCCUGUAUCAUCUUUAUGGAUGAAUUGGACGCGUUGGUGCCCAGAAGAGACCUGACGCUUUCGGAACUGUCGGCCCGUGUGGUAAACACUUUACUCACUGAGCUUGACGGCUUGAAUGACCGUGGUGGCGUCUACUGCAUCGGUGCCACUAACAGACCCGAUAUGAUUGACCCGGCGAUGUUGCGUCCCGGUCGGUUAGAUAAGACAUUAUUCAUCGAUUUACCUAACCAGCAAGAGCGCUUACAAAUCAUUGAGACCAUCGUCAGAGCCAACAAAACUCCCUUAGCCGCCGACGUCCGUCUUGACGACGUGGCAGCUCAAUCAGACCGGUUCUCGGGUGCCGAUCUCUCGGCGUUAGUGCGUGAGGCCGGUGUCAGUGCGUUGAAGUCUAAGUUCUUCUCCCAGGGGCUGCUUCGCGAUUUGGAGCUGCUGGGGUUCGUUAAACCCGAGGAAGAAGACACUGACGACAUCGAGGUGACGGCACACGACUUCGCCAAAGCGUUGGCGCUGAUCAAACCGUCGGUGCUGGAAAGCGACCGUGCCCGCUACGAGCGGUUGCUGAAGAAGUUGGGGUGGAGCGUCAUGGACAAGGCCGAGUCGUAG